AUGAUCCAGAUGAAUACGUUUCAAAGAAUUUAUUUUUUUAUCAAACCAACGACUUCAGAUGCCAAAUGGAUACCUUUUCCGACCUCUGAAUACACUGCAACAAAGUUUGCUUUGGUAGUUAUCAGUUCGAACCCGUUACAUUUCAAGGUCAUUCGAUUGUCAAAGCCAUUUGAUAUGCCUAAGGAAAAAGUGGACUAUGAUUACUACAACAUAGAAUUGUUUUCAUCUACUACAUGGCAAUGGAGGGUGUUUCAAAAUAUCCGGUUACCAUCAUCUGUUUAUCAUGUUUCUGAUGAGGCAGUUACAAGUGGCGGUGUCGUAUACUUCUUAUUAUCUAAUGAUACCAUAUUGCGAUUUGAUAUUUAUUCAGAAGAACAUAUACUCAUAUUUGCACCUUCUACUAGUAUUGAAUUAAAACCGUAUGCAUCGAGACUAAUCAAGUUUCACGGAAAAUUGGGAUAUCUCUCUAUAAGUGGAGAUAGUCCGUGGGCUAUUUGGAUUUUCAUUCACAAUCGGUGGGUUAAAGUAGAUGUUAGUACUUACAAUGAAAGUGCACAUGAAUGGUGGGAUUAUAGAAACAAUACCAUAUAUUUCUUUAAAGGAAAUACGAUUGACUAUGUGGUUCCGGCACAUCAUUCUCAACAAGUUUUUUCAAACCGUUCUGAUUUUGAUACAAUGACUAUGCCAAGUAGAAAGUAG